AUGCACUCCCACUGCUUCGCGGCCUACACACGCUACGCCUACACCUGCCCCCUCUGCUUCAAGAGCCUGGGCAACCUGGAGAUGUACUGGCGCAUGAUCGACCGCCUGCUGGAGGCGGAGCAGCUGCCGGCCGAGUACGCGGGCCGGCGCCAGUCCAUCCUGUGCAACGACUGCGGCGCGCGCAGCGAGGUUGCCUUCCACUUCGUCUACCACCGCUGCGCGUCCUGCAAGGGCUACAACACGCGCAUUGUGUGA